CAAUGAUUAGUGUGACUGAACAUGUGACCAUGUACGUGACGCCGCGUUUAGCGUGACUUGUUACCACAACGGCUUCAACACGCUCCACGAUGUCGAGGGCCAUGACUGCAGCUCAGGUCAUCGGCCUGGGCGAAUAUCUUAACUCUGAAUUUGAUCCUGCUACCCUUACAGUAGCUCAACUUCUUGGUGUUCUUGGAUAUCACAAUAUUAGAUUUCCGACUCCUUACACGAAACCAAAAUUGGUGCAGCUUUUCCUUGACGAGGUCAAGCCGAAGGCAGCCAAGUUCAAGAAGGACAGACUGAAGAAGGAAAACAGUACUGCUAGCGAUGAUGGAAUAACCGAUGGCAUAACAGGGAAACCCCUCAGUGGUGCAACUAAGCCAAGGCGAUCUUCCAGGAGACUUUCUCAUGCACCGUCGGAUGACGAUGAACCGCCACCUCGAUCAGAUCCGCCGAAGCGUCGUCGUUCGUCGGCACAACCCAGACUUGGUGGCGCACAUCAAACUACUGCUCGCACCGCCAUGCAGCCCGCAGUCAUUGAGGAAAGUGAACCUGAAGAAGAAGACCCACCCUUGCGUAAGGUAGGCAGGAACAAGAAGAGUUCACAAGCUGCUGGCUCGCAAGCGCGCAGAAUCUCGCUUGCAGAUGACAGCGGAUGGGAAGACAAUAACAUAUUCCAAUCUGGCGCUGAAUCAUCUUCGCCUGCACGGCCGUCUCCUUCACGCCACUCGAUGUCAGCACCUCCCCAAGCAUCUCCAUCUUUAUCUCCUCCGAAAGCGCCUCUCUUCCCAAUAGAUCUACAGCGUUCCCCUCCGCAGUCAAAGUUUGAACCAGAACUUCCUCCUACGAUUUCACGAGCGCCCCAAAUUUCAACUCCGUCUGAGACGGUCGAUGCCCGUGGCCUGGAUUUUGAUGACGCCACAGACGUAGUUGAUGGCCAGACUCCUGAUGAAAGCUACAGCGACAGCUACAGGGAACCUGAUUCGCUAGAGGUUGCCGCAUCCAAUCCGAGUAUAGCUGGUGGUGACCAAUUGGUUCGCCGGCGCCCAGCCCCUCCGCUGCAGCGCUCUAGGUCUCGUUUCUUGACACUCCUCUACCUAAUUGUGAUGGUCGCCGGUUCAUACUUUAUGAAGCAGUACAAAGAUGAAUCAUCCGCCAUUGGUUACUGUGAUACUGGCAACAACACUAAUCAGGCUCUACGGGAGCUUGCAGCGCAGCGAGAGGCAGUCCGGGCCUGUAACAAAGACAAUAAGACAGUUCUAUAUCUCCCGUCGGUCAUAUCGGAUACUGGGUUGUUCAAGGAUGGAAUUCCAUGUCCCUUUCCACCAUUGGUUCCAGCCUUUUAUCCCUCAACAUGUGCUCCUUGUCCAGAAUUUGCGACUUGUACGCAACAUUCAGUGGUCUGUAACCCUGGUUAUGUAUCCCGUCCACACCCUCUUCUUGGCAUCUUAUCACCUUUCGGCACCGCAACCCCUCUUGUAGAAACCAUAUGGAACUCGAUUGGUAACGUUACCAAUGGCUUACCGGGUUUGGGACCUGUUGCGUUUCCCCCACGUUGCAGCGAAGAUCCGAAACGGAAAAGGAAUAUAGGCGCCUUGGGUAAAGCGAUAGAAGUGCUUCUCGGCCAGGAACGAGGGAGACGCGUGUGCAUCGGGGAAAAACAAGGUCGGGAGAUCGUCAACGAUAGUGAAGGGGGCGAGGCCAUGAAAUGGGGUUUAGAAAUCGAGAUUGUGAGGAAUACAAUGAAGCGCAAAACAGCUCCGCAUCUUCUCGCCAAUUUUGAUGACACGUUCAAUGAAGCCAUACAACAGCUAGUCCAAUGGGGUUCCGUAAUUUUUGGGGAGGAUAGCACAGGCAAUCGUUAUUUGGCUCAUAAGACGCCACACUUGACUUGGAACUGUCAAUUUACUGUCAAGUCUAGGGAGCUUUGGGAACAGUGGCGAGCAUCUGUGUAUGCAUCUAUUGCAUGUGUGUGCACGUUGUAUUUCAUAAAGCGAUCCCGGGCGCUCCGCCAAAUCGAAGGGAGACGUGUGGCAGAAUUAGUGCAAAUCGCACUUGAUACUUUGCGUAAUCAAGAACUUGCGCACCACACGGAUCCAGUGACGGCACCGCAGCCGUAUUUGUCCUCUCUACAGCUUCGUGAUCUCAUAUUACAGGAUGAACAUUCAAUAUCAGUUCGAAGCAGACUAUGGGAUCAGGUGGAGCGUGUGGUCGAAGGGAAUGCCAAUGUGAGGGCAAACCUUGAAGAAGUACAAGGUGGGGACGAACUGCGCGUCUGGCGAUGGGUAGGAUCUACAGGUGGACCAGACAUUCGGAAGGUUCAAUUUCAGACGCAAAAGGAUGAAGUGAACACUAAUGGCCUGUGAAGCACCCUGGUUCUACAACUAGUAGUAGUUACGAGUGCUGAUCGAUUUAUUGUUGUCUGCUUCUUGUGUCCUGGUUGUUUCUCUCCUAUAUAACGUCUUUAUCCCCUCAAUCUUAUUCACAAUACUAGUGUUAGCCACACUGUCGUAUGACCAAUCGGAGUUUUUCUGGUCAAA